GAGUGAGCUGAGCGCCAGUAGAGCUCAGCUAGGCCGGGGGGCUGCUCGGCGGCUCAGUCGAGUAGUCGACUGAGCCCACAGCCCAGGGGGCCAUGUGCGCCCCAACAUAGCACGUUCUCCCUCGCUUCUCUCUCUCUGCUCACUCACUGCGUCCACACACACAGGGUUCACCGGUUCGGGUUCUCACUCCUCGCCCCCGUUAGCGUGCCGGUGCCCAUCUGGCUUAUAAAUAGGCCCACACGGCUCCACGGCCUCCACCACCCACCACCUGCUUGCACUCGCUUCGCUUUCGCUCACUGCCCCCCCAGCCCGCGCGCAGCCAGCCAGGGAAGCCGGAAGGGCGAGCGAAGGCGGCCAUGGGCGCCCCCUCCUCCCUCCCCGCCGCCGCGGCGCUCCUGCUCCUUAUGAGCCUCCUCGCCGGUGGGCACUGCCGAGAGGCCCAGCUCGACGUCGGUGGCGCCGACGCGGCCGGCGCCGAGAACUACAACACCAGCGACGCCGCCGUGUACUGGGGCCCCUGGCAGAAGGCCCGCGCCACCUGGUACGGCCAGCCCAACGGCGCCGGCCCAGACGACAACGGCGGUGCGUGCGGCUUCAAGCACACCAACCAGUACCCGUUCAUGUCCAUGGGGUCCUGCGGCAACCAGCCAUUGUUCAAGGACGGCAAGGGCUGCGGCUCCUGCUACAAGAUUCGGUGCACCAAGGACAAGUCCUGCUCCGGCAAGGCGGAGACGGUGAUCAUCACCGACAUGAACUACUACCCGGUGUCCAAGUACCACUUCGACCUCAGCGGCACGGCCUUCGGCCGGCUCGCCAAACCCGGCCUCAACGACAAGCUCCGCCACUCGGGCAUCAUCGACAUCGAGUUCACCAGGGUGCCGUGCGAGUUCCCGGGCCUGAAGGUCGGGUUCCACGUGGAGGAGUACUCGAACCCCGUCUACUUCGCGGUGCUGGUCGAGUACGAGGACGGCGACGGCGACGUGGUGCAGGUGGACCUGAUGGAGUCCAAGACGGCGCGCGGCCCGGCCACGGGGCGGUGGACGCCGAUGCGCGAGUCCUGGGGCAACGUCUGGCGCCUCGACACCAACCACCGCAUGCAGGCGCCCUUCUCCAUCCGCAUCCGCAACGAGUCCGGCAAGACGCUCGUCGCCCGCAACGUCAUCCCCGCCAACUGGAGGCCCAACACCUCCUACCGCUCCUUCGUCCAGUACAGCUGAUCAGGCCCCGCGCCCGCAAUUGGAGCUGGCGCGCCCGGUCGUCGUCGUCGUCUUCUCUACUACUACUACGCUACUACCACCACUAGACUACUGCUUCUACUAGUACGGCGGGCGGGAACGGAACGGCUAGUCGUCGAGGGUUGUCUCUCUGGUCAUCGUGUCGUUGCAGUUGUAUUAUCAUGAGUCGGGGUCCGUCCGUUGCAUUUGGGUGGGCGCGCUUGGCUUUUAGGUCGAGCGCCAUGUGCGGGUGUUCUGUGUGAGUCAUCAGGGAGGGGGAUGGCACGUGACGUGCCUGCCACCCACGUGCCAUCCCCCUAGCCGCGGACGGGCGUGAGGGUGGAGGGGGGAAAAAUUUAAGCCGUGUGGGAAAAUGGAGGAGGCAGGCGUACAAGGUACGCUCUCCCGCCCACUCUCGCUUUAUAAUUUAUAUCAUCAUCGUCAUCAUCUCCAUUUCGGAUCAGUGAUUAAUUAAUCGGAAAGUAUAUUGUACUACUGUAUAAACGCAGUUUUUCCCGAGCUUGAGCGGC